UGCCGGUGCUUUCUGCCCUGCGCUGGGGACGCGCCCUUCCUUCAACCUCACUCGUGUGCAACAUGGAACCCGGCAGGGUGGCAGGAGAAGCAGCUGCAGACACGCAAGGCGGGAAGUUCGGUGCAACCUGUGCCGAAGAAGAACUAAAUGUCUUGCAGGAGCUGUCCGAGUUGCCGGUGGAGACGGUGGGGAAGAGGCCGACAUGCUCUCGCUGCAGCCGCCCUCAAAAGGUUUGCCUCUGCCCAUUCCUUCCAGUCCAUCCACUGAACGUCUCCACGUGUCUGUAUAUAGUACAGCAUCCGGCAGAGGGGAGUCGAGUACUACGAACUGUGCCUCUGCUAGCUGCCUGCCUUCCAGCUGACAAAUGCAAGGUUUUUGUUGGUCGGCGUUUUAGUGAGGACAGGCAUCCUGAACUCGCAGCUGUUUGCCAAAGUCUCAGUACAUUAAUCCUAUAUCCUGGACCUGAGGCAAAGAACCUAGAAGAACUUGAACUUGACUCAUCACUGUCCCCAUAUAAUAUUAUCAUCAUCGAUGGAACGUGGAGCCAGGCCAAGGGGAUGUUUUAUGGAAAUUCUCUUUUCCGCUUCCCAAAACAAGUUCAACUCCAAACCAGUUUAUCAAGCCAAUACAUAAUUCGAACUCAGCCAACAAAUACAUGUCUCUCUACAUUGGAGUGUGCAGCUUUUGCACUGUCGGUGGCUGAAAAGAAUCAUUGUAUUCAUGAGGUUAUUCUGCGUCCCCUUCGAGCUUUGUGUUCAUUCCAGCUUCAGCAUGGAGCUCAGAUCCAUCACAGCAAGGAACAUCUGAUCAAGAAUGGAUUGUAUGCAAAAUCAAUGCCAAAGAAUAAACGUAAACUUAAUAGAAUGGAACGUUUAGUGAACAAUGUCAAAGUAUAGGGGACAAGUAUAAUUUUAAGAUGGCUAUUUUUGUGAACAGAAAUUUUCUUGUGACAUUUUCUAUGAAGUCCUCAUCUUCUAUCAUUGAAUUUUCAUUUGGACUGUUGUCAAUUAUCUGACAUCUGAUUGCUUGUUGUUUGCUAUUAUUGUUUCAAUCUUAGCAUACACUUUGUGGGCAAGUUUCCUCAGUGCUUCCACUGCUACUCUGCAAUAAUUAUGCCAGAAAUUUGGCAGGAGUCUUGAUUAUGUGCAUGAAUGAGAAUCUUAUGAAAAUUGAAUUGGCUGGAAUGCAGCAUAAUGACAGACGUUCUGAGGAAAGUCAUCCUUUUAGAGGGUUGAAGCUAUUCUUUUGUUUUCUGAGAUCUUGUUUAAAAUUCUACAAUUCAGUCACAUGGUAAUGAAAGGUAUAUUUACCUAACAUGUUUGUGUUAGCCUCACUUGGGAGUUUCUCUCUCCUUUGGACAAGAAUUAGAAAUUUUACCCAGCCUUAUCUCAAUCAAGAUUAACUGGUUUGUUGGAGCUUCAUUACCUGGAUGUCUUCAGCCAGGAUGAUUUUAGCCACUUCAUUCACUUAAAUUAUCACUUAGCAAAAGACAAUACUGGACAGUUAUAAAUAUGAUUUCAACAUUUACUUCUUGCAUUGAAAUACUAAAUUUCCAUAGCAGCUCAGAGUGCACUUUUAGCUCCUGUUUGUGCCUUAACCCUCUUAUGCAUCAAACCUGCUUCCUGGUAAUUGGGGUUGGAUGGAGAGUCUUUUCUAGUCAGGGUAUUUCCCUAUCCUGUUUACACGUAUCACACUGUUGUCUUGGAUGGAACUGGCCAGUUGCAACCUAAACUGGAGAAGUUGGUCUAUCAGAGGUUGCUGAGGAAAGUCACACCUAGUAUUUGGUUCUCAACUGGACUUAAAUCUUGAUGUGACUGAUCCUCUUCUGAAGGGAGCUGUUAAGAAACUGACUGUGUUAAUGACAGUAGAACUUUCUCUAGCUGUUGUGCAGGGGUGUGUUUCAAACCCUUCUUCUCAGCACCCUUUUCUGACAGAUGGCCUCUCCAUGCCCAGGUAUUGUCACAGAUACUUUAGUAGUAUGGGGUGGGGGGGGGGAGGGGAUGGGUAUUGGUCCUCUCCAUAUCAGUUAUGCCAAUUAAUUGGUACCAUGUAGUUUCAGAGACCUGGAUUAUAAUGAAGGUGCUGUUGUAUCAUUUACAUUUCAGUUUUGUAGAAAGAAAAUCCUGGUGAUUACUGUGUUGUUCAGUUCACGUGUAAAGUUUAUAGCUCAGUAUUUAUCAAUGAAAAUAGAAGGAAAGGGCAAUGAAAAGUCAAUGUAAAGAUUGUGCAUUCAAAUUAGUAUAUCUGAUAGAGUUUUCUUACCGAACCCUGCAAACAUCAGGGUGUCCCCUGGAGUAGCAUGCUAGAGUGAAACUGGUACUUCAAUGGUUAGAAUGGAGUAAGAAGGAAAAUUAAAGAUAAGCUUCAUGUAUUUAUUUAUUUGCCCUGGGAAGGUUUUUUUUAGCUGAUCUGCAGUUAUUGGGGGAUGUAUUAGUCUACAACUGAUACUAGUUGGAGGACAUGAAUCAGGAGAAAGUGAGGACUGCAGAUGCUGGAGAUCAGAGUCAAAAAGUGUGGCGCAGGAAAAGCACAGCACAUCAGACAGCAUCCAAGGAGCAGGAGAGUCGACAUUUCGGACAUAAGCCCUUCAUCAGGAAUGUAAAUGGCUGCCUCCAGUUCUUAAUGAGUCUUCAAUCAUGUAAGCUUCAAAGCUUAGAUUUUGGAAUUGGAAAGAAAAAGAUCUGAAUAAAGAAUCUGCUCAGUUUCAUCACUGUCUUUGCUGCAUUGCUUUGCAUUUUAUUGUGUUAAACUCAUCCUCAGCUGGAAUAAAUAAUCCAUUUCAAUAUAGUUUUCAAGCCACUGCAACUGGUAAAUAGUACAUGAUGAAAAUGGGCCUUAGUUAUAUCAUCAGCUUUCAUAAGCAAAGUAUUGAAAGUGAUAUUACUAAGAAUGAAACAACUGCUGGGCUGGAUUUCCAGCUACAGUUUACUGUCAGUUGUUGAUAUCAAUCCUGUUACAAGGCACUUCAAGGGAUUCUGAUUGGGAAGAAAACCAUGUGUUCAAUUGUCCAGGUCACUUUGCUAGUAAGUGCCAGAACUGCCAUUGGUAGCAACCUGAGAACAAAUGUGAAACCCAUGUUGUUAACCGAUGGAAGUGCAGUGCAUGGACAUUUCAAAAGAAAUAUGGAAAAUAAAUGACGAACUUGUGACUGUGAAUUUAUUUAAUUACAUCUGUGUAAAGAAGUUUUUUAUUUGCUUUGUUUGAGCAGAUUUUUAAAAAUAUUUGUGUUCUAUAAUGGACUGGUGAUUUAGAUUUUAAAAAAUGAAAGUAUCAGUUGCAGAUUUCUUUGCUAUCAAUGUGAUAUCCAACAACGGAAGUGGAAG